ACACACACACCGUAUCUUCUUUAUCCAUUCAUUUAUUGAUGGACAUUUGGGCUGCUUCAAUAAACAUAGGGGUGCAUAUAUCUUUUGGAAUUAGUGUUUUCAUAUUCUUUGGGCAAAUACCCAGUAGAAAAAUUAAUAGAUUAUGUGAUAGUUCUAUAUUUAAUUUUUUGAGGAACCUCUAUACUGUCUUCCACUGUGGCUGCAUCAGUUAGCAUUCCCACCAACAGUGCACAAGGGUUCCUUUUACUUCAUAUCCUUGCCAACACUUGUUGUUUCUUGUGUUUUUUAUUUUAACCAUUCUGACAGGUGUGAGGUGGUAUCUCAUCAUGGUUUUGAUUUACAUUUCCCUGAAGAUUAGUGAUGUUGAGCAUCUUUUCAUGUGUCUGUUGGCCAUCUGUAUGUCGUCUUUGCAGAAAUGUCUGUUCAUGUCUUCUGCCCAUUUUUAAUUGGAUUAUUUGGUUGUUGUUGUUGUUGUUGUUAUAUAAGUUUUUUUAUGUAUUUUGGAUACUAACCUUGUACCAGAUAUGUCAUUUGGAAAUAUGUAAAAUAUUAUUAUUUUUUCUCUUAUUCAGCUAGAUUGCUUUCUAUUACCCUGUCCUCCAGGUCACUAAUUCAUUCUUCUGCUUCCUUUAGUGAGUCUCUUAUUUAUAUUAUUUAUUUAUUUAUUUAUUUAUUUAUUUAUUUAUUUAUUUAUUUUAGUAGGCUCCAUGCCCAGCAUGGAGCGUGAACUCACAAUGCCUCCAUUGCAAAUCGCAUGCUCUAUGGAUUGAACCAGCCAGGUGCCCCUCAUCUAAUGUAUUUUUUAAUUUCAGUUAUUGAGUUCUUCAUCUCUGAUUGUAUCUUUUUCAAGUUUUCUUUGUUAAGCGUGUCACUGAGGUCCUCUACUCUUUUCUCAAGUCCAUUGAGUAUCCUUAUGAUUAUUACUUUACAUUUUCUAUCAGGCGUAUUGCUUUCUCUGUUUUGUGUAGGUCUCUUGCUGUGAUCUUGUCCUGUUCUUUCAUUUGGGACAUAUUCUUCUGUUUCCUCAUUUUGUCUAACUCUCUGUAUCUGUCUCUAUGUGUUAGGAAAGUUAACUAUGUCUCUUACUCUUGAAAGUAGUGGCCUUAUUAAGAAGACGUCCUGCUGUGUUCUGCAAUAUAGUGUCCCCUAUUUACCAGACACUGGGGCUUCAUUGAUGUUUCCUAUGUGUGUUACUUGCACCCUUCUAUUGUGACUGAGCCACUCUUGACUUAGUUCAGUUGUCUGCAGUGGCUCUCUUUGCUUGUUGUGGACAGGGUUUGGUCCCUUGUAUUGUUAGUGGGCCAAUGUGGGGUUGCCUAGGGCUUAAACUGAGCCAGACCAUGCAUUUGCCCAAGAUGCAAUGGCACCUCCUGCAAGAGAACAUGGGGGUGGAGCAUGUGGUACCAGCAAGAGGUAUACUGGUGUGAAGGGAUCUGCAGCUCUGGGAACUGAGGCAGGCUGUUUGGAGGGGGCAGAUCCACAAAAGUGAAUAGUGGUGGGACACACAGAGUUAGCAAGGUUUGUAUGAGUCUGGUGUGGUAGGGAGCUGAGGUCUGGAUGGAAGGGGGAACACAGGAGAACACAGGAGUAAGGCUCACCGUUAGCAAAUUAGGUGGUGAGUGUUGGCAUAGUGGUGGUACCUGCAGGUGUCUGUGUGUUUAUGCUGGAGGGUGGACAAGGUAUGUAGCAUCCCCCAGCUCCUUUGUCCCUGAAAGUGUCUCCCAGUGAUCCUUGCCCCUCCAGCAUAUGCUCUGAGAUUAACAAAUCUCCAUCCAUAUGCCCCAGGUAUCUUUCAAACUGCUGCUUCUAUGCUGUAUCUCCCUGGGGGUAACUUCUUGUGUUAUCUCUUUAAAUUGGGGACUCAGUUUCCUCUUCCUCUCCUUCAUGUCCCAUGAACCUGCUGAUUUUUAAAGUGCCACGUUUUAAGCCUCACUAAUUGUAAGAACUCAAUUGAAUUUGGCAUCUUGGUUUUCAAAGACAAAUGGUAUGGGGAUUCAUCUGCCCUGUGUGGGCUCCCUGGUAUGACUCUGUUUUUCUCUCCUCUUCAUGCCCCAGUGUCCUUUCCUCCUGUAGACAGUUCUGUGGGACCAUUUAGCUUCUUUUAGCUUUAGCUUCUGACCACAUUGUUGCCCUUUCUACUCUUCCAUGUGGCCCCUUCUCUACAUUUAGUUGUGGAGUUUGUUCUGUCAGUCUUCAGGUCAUUUUCUGGGUUAUUUACACUGAUGUGAGUGAUAUCUAGUUGCAUCCCUGGGAGAGGUGAGGUUAGAAUUUUUCUGCUCUUCCAUCUUCCUUGUAAGUUUUGUUUUUGUUUGUUUGUUUUUAAUUGCAAACCUAAGCCACAAAUCACCAGUUCUGACUACUUUUAUAAACUCAAACCGUAACCUGACCGAAAUCCCUAGUUUCUCCCAUUGCUUAGUAUGUUCAACUCCCUUCAUUUAUUAUUUUACAUUUUACAUUAUUAUAUUUUACAUUUUACAUUUAUUUUCAUAGUCUGGUUAUUUUUGUUUGGCUCUUUAAUCAUUACUUAAUGAAGAGAUUAGGUUGUACAGAAAGGGAAGCGUAUCCUCAUCACCUUCACUAUAUCCUCAUAGUACUGAGAAACCUGUAUUAAGUAUGUACGCAGUAAAUAUUUGUUUUCAUUUGCUUUUUUAUACUUCUGAUUGUGGGUUGUGUCUUGAAAGACUAUCCAUAGAGAAUUAGCAGGGGAAACAUGAUUUCCUGUUUCCUGAGCUUUGUUGGUGAAUCUAAGAUUGAGGUUGGGGCUGGGGGUCUGAUCUAGGUAAUUUGUAGAUGGGGAAAAUAUGCUCCUGGCUGCAAUAGGAAUAUACACCAGCAGAGAAAACACCUUCCUGGGCUCCUAAGAAAUCAUUCAUCUUUCCUUCCCAUUGAUCUUAUUUUCAUACAAAGUUGAGGCAGCAUGGUGAGACUAGAAUUUUCUUUGGAAAAUCCAUUAAAAAAAACACACUUAGGACUGGGCAAGGAGAGUUUUCUAAAUUGUUUCAAUUAUUUGCAAUGUCCAAGUGCCAAAUGGGGGCUUUAUUUAUCUUAAAUGAAGAAAAUUAGCUAUUUAGCAAGUUCACUCUUCCACCCACAAAUCUUACUUAUUUCCUUUUGAAAUAAUUACAGAUUUUGGUUGGUAUAAUAGGAAUGUUUUGUGUAUGGAUUUACUGUCAAUGAAAUACAGAAGAGCUAUUUUCCAAGUAAGGUGAAAUUUAAUGCCAGAAUUUCACUAUUUAAAUGUCUUAGAGAUUAGACUGUAAUGAUGAAGAUGAUGUAUGAUAUGCAUAUAGUAUAUGUGUAUAUAGUACUGUAUAUAUAAUUACAGAGAGAGAACCUAUCUGGCAAGUGAUAAUAGUGAACUCCUUAAAUGUUACAAUAAAAUGAAACAGCAUAGUUAGAUUAAUGCAAUGUUUCUUGAAUCCUUGCUAUAGACUAUUCAAAAAGGAAGCACAUAGUUGAAAUGCCUCUUCAUGAGAAUCACAGAAGGACCCUCAUCAUUAUUUGAUUCUCCCACCAGAAGUGGCUUGAACAGAGCCUUGUAUAACUAUGUGAACUGCCUGAAUUAUUUUAUUUUUUAAUGGAUUUAUUAUAGCAACCUGGUCAAGGUUCAAGAUCACUCACUCUUUUCUUCUGGUGGAACAUAAUUUGGCCACUCAUAAGCUGUAGCAUUGGACUGCAGCCUAAAGGCUAAAAAGCCUAUAUCUUUCAACAAACCUAAGACAGUAACUAUUCCCUCUAUAUUUACAGAUUAUUUUUUUCUUUGCAAAAGUAAUAACACUCAGUAAACAAGAAAGUGCUGCUAGCAUUUUGGAGUUUUCAACUAAUUCCUCAGCAAAGACAAUUUACUGUACCAUGGUUGUAUUUAGUGUAAAAAUAAGAGGAACUUCCUAGAGACAGAAGUGAUUUUUCUAGUUGGUUACCUACAAGGAGAUGUAUUGAUUUCUAUUGGUAGUACUCGUUUCUGCCUACAGAUGUAUGUUGUGUCCAGGGGUUCAGAAAACAGGGCUUUUAAUUCUUUGUAAGUAGUAGCAUCCUAUGAAAGGUAUUUUGUUGUUGUUUUAACUGCAACUACAAAAAAUAUUGCACACGUCAGUUUAAAAUGAAUUGACCUUUUGUUUCAACGAGGGCGGUGUGUUGCUUGUUAUAGAGUGACUCCAUUUGCCCAUGCAAAUAAGCACAAAGCCAGGAUAUUAUCAGGCAAUGGCAAAAUUAAGAGGUAGGUCAGAUUUAAUGGAAACAUCUGUCAUUAACCCUUUUACAGAAACUGCCUCGGGGAAUCCUUGCAGAUAAAAGCUAUGCUAAGCUAUCUUACCUUGCUUUGCAGAGCUGCAAAGGGAUGGCAGUCCUAAUGUACAAAUUCUGUUCAGAGGAUUUACUUUAAAGAAUGCCGCAUUUUAGAAUUUGGGAGAAAAAAAGGCUUAUUUUGUAUAUUUUCCUCUUUACAAAAAAAGUAAAAGACUAUGGAACAAUUAAGGCUGUUGCUAAUUUUUAGAUUUUCCACCAGCAGACUUCUCCCUGAUGGUUACAUUAUGCCAUUCCAAGAGUGUCAUCUUAUUAAUACCUCAAAUCACAAAUAAUAUAUUUAGGUACUAUUUCCUGAAUUAGAAACAAAAUUAGAAGUAGAAAUUAGAAAAAAAUAGAAACAAAAUUAGGAAAACAAUGGUAUCCAUAGCUGCAGAUGAUAAUAUAUCUUUGCCUAUUUUGUGCAGUGGUAAUAAAAACUUGAUUUUCUUAACUGAACAUUUAUUGAAGGUAAUUCAACUUAACAAAAAUUUAACAGUCACUUGGAUGUCAUUUAUUUAUAUUUCUCUAAAUUAUCGGUUACUAAUAACAGAAACAUAUGAGUCAGUUGGUUUGCAUUUGCGAUGAAAUUGAAACCACAAUUUAAGAUUACGAGUCAUACAAUAAACUGCAUUUGAAAAUAGUUUUUUUAACUUAUAUAAAGUGAACACAAGUGUUAAUAAUAUCAAUUUCCUAGUUAGUAAAGAGAGGGGAGGAAAAUCCCUGAAUAUCUUCACAGGAAAAAAACUAAAUAAAAAACAAUUCUUCUGGUGCUUUUCAUUAUGUUUAUUCACAAUACAAUUGCCCUUAACAUUAUUUCAUUCCUUUUUUCUCUUAUAUUUUUAUUUUCACAUUUGCCUUCAUUGUGAUAUUUUAUUAAUUCUUCUUAAUUCUAUCUUUGUGUUUUUUCUUCCUUAAUUCUCUUUGUCUUCACACCAUCCUAUCAUCAGUAUAGCUGGGCUUUUACUUUCUUUUUUACCUCUUUGAAAAUAGGAUGUACCAAUAACAUUGUACCCCUCUUUUGAUGAUUUCUUCUAAAUAAGAUUUCAAGCUUAUCUAACUAAAACAAAGAAACAAACAAACAAAAACCAUUGUAAGAUGAACAGAAUGGACGUUUACUUUCCCUUUUGGGGGGACUUUUUAUACAAUGUGUGACUUCACUACUUUGAGUAGGAGGGACCCACAAAUGUUUGUGCAAGCAGUUGAAUGAUGAACCAUUUUAAUCUGCACCCAACCUUCCCAAACCAUGGGAUUUAAUUGAGUUGAACUUUUCUGAAUAUUACUUUGGGUAGAUUAAGGAGCAUGAAAGAGAAUUAGAGCAACCAUGGAUGAUGAGAACAGAAGGCAAGCUAAGGGCCAAACACAAGCUAGCUGCCUGCCCUCCCCCCCCCCCCCCCCCGGCUCCACCAGGUAGAAUGUGUGUGAUUUUCCUCAAGCACACAUAGCUGCCAAGAACAAGGAAAAGGAAAGAAAACAAAUGGUUGACCGAUAGAGAUCACAGUCAUGCAGGACAUGAGUCUCCAUCUGUUUAUAAAUACCAAUAGCCUAAUCUCCAGAAACCUAUAGACUCAGUUUCCUAGAGCCCCUAGUAUCACCCUUCCCUCCAUAGUGAUGUGGGGGAACAAAGACAAGAAGGAAAUGGCAGGUAAAAUUAAAUUUCCUUACGACCUACAGCCCAUUGCAGCUCUUUCUGACCAUGGAUCCUGUCCCUGUGCUUUAAUAAAAUCCCCUUUUUGCACCAAAGAUGUCUUCAAGAAUUCUUUGUUGGCUGUCAGCUCCUAACUCCACCCCCCUCCAUCACUCCAAAACCUCAUCAUUGGAUAUAUAUCUGCUUUUUAAAAAUACAGUAUUAAUUUUUAACGUUAAGCUUUAGUAUGUUUGAGAACUAUUUUUGAACCACAAAACCAGCCAAGUAAUGUCAAGUUUCAACUGUAGAAUUAAAUGGACUUGAAAGCAUCUUAUGCUGUUUCAGAAUUCAUCUAUUACUUUUAUAUUAGUCAAGAGUUAGCAAUUUAUUUCAAAAUAUAAAUCAUGUCUGUUGCUUUCUGUGCACGCAUGCGUGUGGACCCAUAUCAGUGGGUCCAUCCCUUUUGGACUGUGUGCCCCUCAAAGUCUUUUUGCACUGACCAUUUUGUACAGCAUUUAUUUCAACAAUAUGUACAAUUAGUCAUCUGAUUAGUUGUUUUUUUUUUUUAAUGACAAAUGCUUUUAGUGGGCACUUGUAUGCUAAUGCUUGAAUUUUGUGUGUAAAUCUAAAUGUACAGGAGGGCUUGGCCAAGAACAGUUUCAAAACAGUUGCAGCACAUCUGACCCUAGACCUGAUUAAAGAUCAAGAACAUUCAAUGCUAUCUUAUUCCAAAUCAUAGUGCUGUAGGCUCUUGGUCCCAGAGGCAAGUGUGACCUGCUUAGUCAAUUGGCAAGUAACACAGAUUUUGUGGAGUAUGUGUUACUUUCAAACAGCAACCAGAAACAUGGUAUUUACCAAUAAGAUUUUCUUUUUAUUCAGCCAUGGCCAUGGUAUCUCCUAGGUGUCAUUGCAUUUUGUUCUUGUUUCCUCAUUUAUAAUAUUGUUCGCAUUUAAUAGUUGGACAACAUGUUUCAGGGAUGUUGAAAUUUGGCUGAAAUAUCUAUUUUGAAGGAAAUUUUACUUUUUAAUUUUUAUUAGGUUUUAAUGAUUCUCUUCUAAGAACCUUUUGGUGAUUAAAUAAAUGUUCAAAGCAAGACCUGUGAGUUAAUAAACAUCUUGUUUCUAGUUCACAGGGGGAGACACUAUGCAUUGAAAAGAGGGUAUAUGCCAUCCAGGAUGGUUAAGAUUUCUCUUUGAUCUUUGCAAUUUCUUUGUUACAAAGAAAGAGCUGUGAAAAUCCCUCUGUGGUUUAUAAUUUGAGGCAGGACAAUGAUUUUUCUUUUUCCACAUCCUGUGGACAGUUGACUUGUAUCUUAAAGACCCCUAUCAGUUAGCUGCACUGUUGGCAACCCUUGCCACAUUGUAUCUCUCUUUGAUAAUCAGGACAUGAAUCCUUAGUUUCAAUCAAUAGGUGCCUCUUUCUUGAAGGAGUUAUCUGAAGUAGAAGAAGCAGUUUUCCUGACCGAUGGGCCUACUGGGCCUAAAUCUAGAUUCUUAGGAUGAAACAUUGUAUUGCUGAUUUUUCCCCCCAAACCAGAGAAGUUCAUUGUUAUGCUGACAUGACAUUUCAGAAUGGUCUACUGGAAUUCUCUUUUUACGUUCAUUUUUUGAAAAUUUCAAUUUAUUGAAUUGCUUUUUGAAUAUCAUUAUACGGUUCAGAAUUCAGAAAGUAUAAAAAUGUGCACAACAAACAAUUUUUCCUAUUCUUGCUCUCCUUUUACCCAGUUGCCACUCCCCUCACUCCUCAAAAGUAACGGUUCUAAUUGGAAAUGUGUAUGUUCUUCUGGACUUUCUUUACUUGCUGAUUCUUUUUUAAUAGGUCAUACCUAUUCUCAGUCUCCCAAUUUAUACAUGUCCUUGUUCACUUGACGUUCAUAAAGUGUCUUACUAUGAAGUGACAUUUAACAAUGUGCAUGUUGAAUCUGGGUACUUUUUGCUUGGCUUUGCAUUCAUCUUUCCACUUAUGUUUUGAAGAGACAUUUCAUAUUUUCUUUGCUCUAAUUCUGGUUGCCAGGAUGGCUAAAUGCCAUUCCUGGAAGGGGUGUGCAUUAGAGUUGGCACAGACAGAACCACUGGCACAGGAAAAGGAAACCAUUCCUGUGUCAAGGAGAUUUAUCUAUUCAUUAUUUUAAAAAUUAUUAUUGUUACCAUCACUGACCAUUCAUUGUGUGUGACCCGUGGCUUGGGUACCAUUUUAAACAAAGAACAAGGCAUGUUCUCAACUGAGCGUGUUGGGGCUCUAUCUGUGGUCAGAUUAUGAUUUUGGUGGCCAGACCUUUCCUUUACCAGUAAGUAGCAAAUAGUCCAAUAUUAUUGUUUUCAAACUGUCCUCCAAGGAAGGCAGUAGUUUUUUUGUAGAUGAUCCGAAAGCCAUUUAGUAAAGGGAGGAGAAAAGAACAUAACCGUACUACUUUUAGCCCUUUUCUAAGUCUUAUCCUUGUAAGAUUUCUAUUGAAGAAAUAUUGUGACAGUUAAAAAAAAAAAAAAAAGUUUGAAAUCCACUGCUGUAGAAGAGUAAAUGCCCUAGCUGGAGUUACAGAAAUCAUGUUCUUUAGUCUGGCUGUGGCUCAUUUUUGAUUCCAUGUUGCAUGGGGUGCAACAAUCUGAUGAGAACAAGUUGUACCCCACUUUGCAAAACUGAUAUGAUUUUGGAAAAGUUGAAUGUAAAUGUGUGUUAUCUAAUUGACUUACCCUUUCCAUGCACUAGAGAAAAAUCACUGUUUAGAGGGUUUCGGUGGGCAAUUUUUUGUAAAGGAUUUCUUUGUGAAUGAAUAAUGCCCUAUGUUAUGUUGUCUGGGUUUGAGCAUUUUAUUUAUAUUUUCUUUAAGGGAACAGCAUGUAUCCAAUAAGAGAGAGUAUGGUAGCGUUGACUUCCUAAAAUACUUGAAAGGUGUAACAUUAAGGGAUACAAUUAUCAGAGGGAAGAAAAGAAGCAACAAAGGAUUGGAAGGAGUUUUAUUUACAAGAACUGUGUAAAAGUGGUUUCUGAAUUUUGCUGGAGUACAGGAGGAGAAUGUAGCAGCUAGAAGAAGUGAACUGGCAGUAAUUUGAAGAUGAGAGAAUGGAGAAGAUGAUCUAGUUUACUGAAGAGUUUUUACUGAGAGAUUAAUGUCUGUAAUGAGGAUUUUGAAAGCACCUAUAUCAUUUUCUUUAUGAUAUUUUGACUUUAGUAUCUGUUUACAAAUUAGGGAAAGUAAGCUAUCUUAAAAUUAAUAGGAUUAAAAUGUUAAAGUUGUUACUUUACAUUUGGAAGUCAGUCCAGUUCAUUUAUGUAGCAUCUGGUUAGAGUUUAUAUAUUAAAAUAUGACUGUAUAAACAAUGUUUCACAUGUCAUCAGCAUUGAAUAAAUGAUCAUUGAAUCCUCCUAAAUGACAUUCACACGUAUCCCAAUAAUUCUAACAGCACUAGCUGCCUUACCAUUAAAUAGGUUUCACAACGGUUAAAAAUCAAGAUAGGAACUUCACAUUUUGUGUGUAAAUUAGUAAGUUAUUUACAGAUGUCAGUAACAUAUUUAAGAAAACUGAGCAAGGGCAAUAGCAGAAAAGACAUUAGUUAACAUUGGAAACUAUUGUUUUGAUUAGCUAGGUAAUAUUAAACAUAUUGAAGGUGAUAGAGGCAGAGAUUGUUCAUGUUGCAAUGUUUCUUAAAUUCUAUUUAAACUGUAAUAAAUUGAAAGUCAUGCAUAGAUUCUUUGCUUAAUGCAGUCUUCUGUUUACUUUGUUUUAUUCAUAGUUUCUAUCAUGCCCUUUUAAGUUUGAACUACAUCCUCUGGGUCAGGCCCAAAGGAAAGGCCACAAACAGUAAGCUUCUAGGGGUGCUCCACAUUGAAGAGCAGGUUGAGGAAGAAGAGGCAGAAAAAGGCUGAGAGAGGCCAAGCAAGAAGUGGGGAGAGUCAAGCAAGAAAGAUGAGGGUGGCAAAGAGCUGAGGAGGUUGUGUGCGACAGUCUUACCUGCUAAAGAGUGGUUAAAGAGCAUGAGGACGGAAAACAGGCCAGUGGACAUUGGAAAUUCAGUGGCUAUUGGUAACCAUUGCGUAAACAGCUUCUCUAAAAAGGUAGGAGCCAAGCAUUUGCAGCGGGUUGAAAAGGAUACAGGAGAUGAGUGAGAAGAGGCACUAAACUUGGCCUGGCUUGCAGGCAAUGUGGUUGUUGGUGAAAAAAGAAAAGGAAGUGAGAAAUAAGAGAAGUUGGGUCAACAAAAGAUAGUAUGACUACUUUACCACUUUGUGUUUUAUAGCUAUUUGUGACAAAUAAACUCCCUUUGAAGGUGUUUUUUUUUUCUCUCUUUUCCUAAGUUACGUUAAAGGAAUCUGGAAUGGUUGGCACUGUUUUCCAAAGAGUUUUUUUUUAACAAUUUGCUUGUGGUUUUUCCCUUUUUGUCUACUAUUUUAACUAUAAAAAAUUGCUUAAAUGGAUAUUUUUGUCUUCAACCAGGCGUUCAUCCUCACCAUGAGCACCGUAUAGUAAUGGGGCAUUAUUCUUUAAUUUACUCCUGAGAUCUACUUGCUAGAAUUUUCCUUCCUUAUUCUGAAGUUAGCUUGGCCUAUAAUUUUGUGUGUCAGGGAAGGUGUGUACCAUAUAUGGCUUUGGUUGUGACUUGGUGUCAGGGUUUUGCUAACCUUGCAAAAGAAUUGUGAGUCUUUUAAUCAUUUUAAUGUUUUGGGGGUGCUUAAAUAAGGAAAAAAAAUUCUCAUUCAACUUAGUUUUGUUAGAACCCAUAUAAAAUUACUUGAAUCAGAAAGAAAAAAAACCCAACUACCUGUGUCUGGCAUUUUUAAGAGAUGGAUCUUCGAUAGUCCUUUCAAUUUCUUCUAUGGCCAUUGGCAUAUUUAAGCUUUCUAUAUCUUCCGUCAUUUGGUAAUAUUAAAGAAAUAUUAUUAUUAUAUAUUAUUAUUAUUUAAUGUUACAUAUUAAAGAAAAUUAUUGUUAGGAUGAGGGAAAUGAGUAUGUUUUAGUCUAAGGAGAAGGAACCUAGUGAUGAAUAGGAAUUUAUGAUAAAAAUAGACCCAGGAAUCAUAUAAUUAAGGAGAAAAAUUAUUCUGGUAAAAAGAGUGGUGGAAUUAAGAAUAUAACUGGAAGGACCAGAAAGAAUCAGAGAACACCUAUCCUUCAACUUGAGAGAAGGACGUAAGGAAGGGCAAAGAUAGACUAAAUUUAGAGGUGGAAGAAAUUGAUACUUAAAGGGGAAACAGAAGGAAACAAAAAGAAAAAAAAAAGAUUUAUUCAUUUAUUCUCUGCCAGGCAUUGUGUAAUGUCUUGUGUAGAAAUAAUCACACUUAAUCUUCAUAUAACUCUAGAGAGCAGGCUUUAUUCUCUCCACCUGUAUCUCUGGCUAAGGACACAGACAGGUUCAGUAAUUUGCCCAAAGUAUCAGGUCUCAAAACUGUGAAACUUGUAUUAGUAUUUGUUCAGUAUGAUUACAGAGGUUUUUAGGCAAAACUCAAUUAUUUUUUUCUGUGAUUGGACAGAAUUAUCUACCAGUAGGCAUGUAUACUUGUAUUUGUACAAAUUUGCGUGUAAGUACACAACUGAACAUAGAUCUUAUGUGUAUCUAAAUAUCCAAAUAUAUUAGGUGUAUAUAUAUAAUUCAUGUAAGAAAAUAAUCUAAGGAUUUAGUCUAGAAGGAUCCCUCUCUAGGUGCUAAUGAUAAUAUCAAUCAUAAUGAUAACAGCUUCAUUUAUUGAGCAACCACGUAUUUGCUGACAAUUUUCAUUUCUUAUAUUUCUAGUUUCACUGUCAUCAUAGAGAGUAGAACUGUUAUCACCAUUUUUAUGGAUGAGCUGAUUGAAUCUUAGAGAAUUUCAGAAACUUGCCCUGAGUCAUUUUGGUAUAUUCCUGAGUAGGCAUUCAAACCUAAGUUAAAGAACUGUACCUCUCUAUACCAAGCAUUACCUUUUUUGUGACAUUCACUUAUUAAGAUUACCUAGGAUGUGCUUUUCUUUUCAUGGAAGCCACUCGGAUGAUUACAAUUUACUUCUCAGAUUUAACCCUGUGAAUCUUCGAUUCUUACAAGAGUUUUUGUUAUGCCUCUGCUUAGGUAGGUAUUCUUUGCCUGUGAUUGUCUAUUUGAACAAUCGAAAUAAAAUAAAACAGAUUCUCAUUUUCAUUUUGCUAAAAUGGCUAGCUCAGUCCCGUGUCCAGGGUAUACACUCAUCUAGUGUCUGUCAAUGACACUUAUGAUUCUCUGGGGAAUGCAUGCCUACUCAAGAGGACUGAAGAAACUUUACACCUGCCUAUUUGUACAACAAUGAAAAACGUAGCAUUUUUUAAAAAUCCUGUGACCAUAGGACUUGUGAUUUUUCUACAUGGCAGAAAAUGAUUGAAUGUAGACUUUUGAAAAUUCGCAUUUCAAGACACGUCAAAGGCAUUUAUAAUGAUCAUAUAUAGUCGCUUACUUAUCCACUCCCAUUUCUUUCUCCCUUUCACUUUUAUGCCUCUGCGCCCACAGCAUGUGAAAGCAUUGAAAGAAAAUAAGAAUCUUAAACUCAUAAACAUACCUGCUUACCAUCUGGCAGGCAUCCCAGCAGUCUGGUGAUCUCCUUAGUUAUCCAGCAGAUAGUAGAAAAACAAGAGUCCUGUGAAGAUUUCACAUGUUGCCAUAUCCCUGCCAGAUGGUGAUUUGUAAAACACGGACAAAUUGCACUGGCUCCACUUCCCUCCGACAAUCACAACAGAAACACUAUAGCAAUGGUGUUUAAUUUGAAAGCAACUUCAACUGAGUAACUUUUAAGGUAUUAACAUCUGAAGAUUAUCAGGACAAAAUGUGUCAUUAUCUCCAGAGAGCUGGUCCUUCACAGGCCUGCUAGUCUGUCCACUGAUACUUCUAGGAUUCUCCCUUUAAAAAAAAAAAUCUAUGGAGGGUUGGGAAAUGUCAACAUCAUGGGACAUUUGAUUACUACCUACUGAUUCUUUGCCACAACAUGAUGUUUUUCUGUCAUCUAAUGAUGGGCUGCAGGACUAAAAACUAUAUUGACAAAUUUGACAAUUGGGCAACCUACUUCACAUUGGAACAUGAAGAACCGAAUCUGAGUAGAAGCAGGGAAUUCUCCCCUCUAAGUGUUAAUAAAACAGAUGUCUUCCAAGCGACCAGCCUCUCCGUAUGGGGAAGCAGAUGGAGAGGUAGCCAUGGUGACAAGCAGACAGAAAGUGGAAGAAGAGGAGAGUGACGGGCUCCCAGCCUUUCACCUUCCCUUGCAUGUGAGUUUUCCCAACAAGCCUCACUCUGAGGAAUUUCAGCCAGUUUCUCUGCUGACGCAAGAGACUUGUGGCCAUAGGACCCCCACCUCUCAGCACAAUACAAUGGAAGUUGAUGGCAAUAAAGUUAUGUCUUCAUUUGCCCCACACAACUCAUCUACCUCACCUCAGAAAGCAGAAGAAGGUGGGAGGCAGAGUGGUGAGUCCUUGUCGAGCACGGCCCUGGGAACUCCCGAACGGCGCAAAGGCAGCUUAGCUGACGUUGUUGACACCUUGAAGCAGAGGAAAAUGGAAGAGCUCAUCAAAAAUGAGCCAGAAGGUAAAGAAACCCCCAGUAUUGAAAAGCUACUCUCAAAGGACUGGAAAGACAAACUUCUUGCAAUGGGAUCAGGGAACUUUGGUGAAAUAAAAGGGACUCCUGAAAGCCUAGCUGAGAAAGAGAGGCAGCUCAUGGGUAUGAUCAAUCAACUGACCAGUCUGCGAGAGCAGCUAUUGGCUGCCCACGAUGAGCAGAAGAAACUGGCUGCAUCUCAGAUUGAGAAACAGCGCCAGCAAAUGGAGCUGGCCAAACAGCAACAAGAACAGAUUGCAAGACAGCAGCAGCAGCUCCUGCAGCAACAACACAAAAUCAAUUUGCUUCAGCAACAGAUCCAGCAGGUUCAAGGUCAACUGCCGCCAUUAAUGAUUCCCGUGUUCCCUCCUGAUCAACGGACACUGGCUGCAGCUGCCCAGCAAGGAUUCCUUCUUCCUCCAGGCUUCAGCUAUAAGGCUGGAUGUAGUGACCCUUACCCUGUUCAGCUGAUCCCAACUACCAUGGCAGCUGCCGCUGCAGCAGCACCAGGCUUAGGCCCGCUCCAACUGCAGCAGUUAUAUGCUGCCCAGCUAGCUGCAAUGCAGGUAUCUCCAGGAGGAAAGCUCCCAGGCAUUCCCCAAAGCAACCUCGGUGCUGCUGUAUCUCCUACCAGCAUUCACACAGACAAGAGCACAAACAGCCCACCACCCAAAAGCAAGGAUGAAGUGGCACAGCCACUGAACCUAUCAGCUAAACCCAAGACCUCUGAUGGCAAAUCACCCACAUCACCCACCUCUCCCCAUAUGCCAGCUCUGAGAAUAAACAGUGGGGCAGGCCCUCUCAAAGCCUCUGUCCCAGCAGCAUUAGCUAGUCCUUCAGCCAGAGUUAGCACAAUAGGUUAUUUAAAUGACCAUGAUGCUGUCACCAAGGCAAUCCAAGAAGCUCGGCAGAUGAAGGAGCAGCUUCGGCGGGAGCAACAGGUGCUUGAUGGGAAGGUGGCUGUUGUGAACAGUCUAGGUCUCAAUAACUGCCGGACAGAAAAGGAAAAAACAACACUGGAGAGUCUGACUCAGCAACUGGCAGUUAAACAGAAUGAAGAAGGAAAAUUUAGCCAUGCCAUGAUGGAUUUCAAUAUGAGUGGAGAUUCUGAUGGAAGUGCUGGAGUCUCGGAGUCAAGAAUUUAUAGAGAAUCCAGAGGGCGUGGUAGCAAUGAACCCCACAUAAAGCGUCCAAUGAAUGCCUUCAUGGUGUGGGCUAAAGAUGAGCGAAGGAAAAUCCUUCAAGCCUUUCCUGACAUGCACAACUCCAACAUCAGCAAGAUAUUGGGAUCUCGCUGGAAAGCUAUGACAAACCUAGAGAAACAGCCAUAUUAUGAGGAGCAAGCCCGUCUCAGCAAACAGCACCUGGAGAAGUACCCUGACUACAAAUACAAGCCCAGGCCAAAGCGCACCUGCCUCGUGGAUGGCAAAAAGCUGCGCAUCGGUGAAUACAAGGCAAUCAUGCGGAAUAGGCGGCAGGAAAUGCGGCAAUACUUCAAUGUUGGGCAACAAGCACAGAUCCCCAUCGCCACUGCUGGUGUGGUAUACCCUGGAGCCAUCGCCAUGGCUGGAAUGCCCUCCCCUCACCUGCCCUCGGAGCACUCAAGCGUGUCUAGCAGCCCCGAGCCUGGGAUGCCCGUUAUCCAGAGCACUUAUGGUGUGAAAGGAGAGGAGCCACAUAUCAAAGAAGAGAUACAGGCUGAGGACAUCAACGGAGAAAUUUAUGAUGAGUUUGAUGAGGAAGAAGAUGAUCCAGAUGUAGAUUAUGGGAGUGACAGUGAAAACCAUAUUGCAGGACAAGCCAACUGAUAAGGGUCAAAAAAUGGUUGUGACCUUAGGACUUAAAGAAGCCCUAGCUGGUUCAUCCUUACCAGUGGCCAAGCACAUUAACUUUCUCAUACACUGACUGUUACUUUAACUGUUAGUCUUAAAUAGUUGGGACAUCAGCUGACUAAUAGACCUCAGCCUCAAAAGGCUUGGAAAGGAAAAAAAAAAAAAAUACAAGCAAACAACAAUAUCAACAACAAGAGAUUGAAAUAAGCUAUGGGUAAAAUAAUGCCAGUAAUUCAGCUGCUACAUCCAAGCACUGAAGUCUUACCCGUCAACUUUUUUUUUUUUAAUAAACUUUAUGGCUGUUUGUUCUACAAUGUUCUAGAAAUUCUCACUCAGGUACACAGUGCCAACAAGUGGCUUGUGAAUGUGUUUUGUUGUUUUGUGCUACAAUUUUUAAAAAGAAAUAAGUUUUGUUUUGUUUUUUGGGGCUUCUGGGUUUUUUCCUUUUCCUUUCCUUUCCUUUUUUUUUCCUUUUUUUUUCUUUUCUUUCUUUUUUUUUUUUUUUGUAAUGCACCUGACAGAAAAAAAGAAAGAUGAAUUUCUCUUUACUUCUCUCCACCUUCUCCAUCUCUAUACUUUAAAGAUGGAAGUCUGUGCAUGGGGGGGAAGUGGGAAAAAGAGCCUGUUUUUAACUUCCUUGCUAUCCACCACAAAAUAAGCAAUUAUUUUCUUCAGAGGACUUUCUUUGUCUAUUGCACACCACACUACAUCUUUGAGCAAGUGCCAAAUUUGUACUGAAGUGUUGACCCAGUUCCUUUUUUUUCCUUUCCUUUUUCCUGUUCCUUCUUAAGUUAGGACAGUGUUAUAUCUUAGACAAUCCCUUGGAAAACCUGAAAUACCAGCAGCUGGUGAGAUUUGACUUUUUUUUUUUUAAUGGAAACUGUAGGUGCUGUUCUCAGGUGAAGAGAGAGAGAGAGAGAGAGAGAGACAUAAGAAAUUUAGAGAAAAAAAUAUUUUCUGAUCUUGGAUUUUUGUGUGUAUGUAUGUGUGUGAUUAUGGUACUAAUAGGAAUAACAUUGAACCAUUGUGAGUUAAACCCACAUCUGGGGAUGAAAUCCCACAUCCUCCUAAGUGACUGGUCUGGAAGCAACCUUGACCUUGACUUUGCACUUCAAAUGACAACCAAGAUAGGGCUCAGAAAUUAUAUUUUUAAAUUUCUAAUAUGAUUAUUGGAUGGAUUGGGCGGCCCUGUGUAAUAGAGGUGUGCACAUAUAACAUGGAAGCUACUAGCAAACUGUUCCCAGAUGUCCCUUCUUCCUGAUCAGUUGGUUCCACUAAUGUUUGCUACUUAAUGAUUUCUGUUUGUUUUUCCUAUUGAUAACUUUGAGCAAAACAAUCAUUGUUUUCCUUGAAUAUAUUUGGCCAUUUUCCAGGAACACAGAAUUAGCUUAUUUCUUCAACAUUCCAUCCUUUCCUGAUCAGGAAAUGGAACUGAUGCUUUUAUAAGGUAUUUUUCAUCUCUCCAUGGAAUGAGGCGGAGGCCAUUUGCAUUUCACAAUUGUGGGCCAUGUGCAUCCCAUACCAUAAAGAGCAGGAUUUGAUUAAAAGUCAUUGCAGCCCAACAAAAUGGAGCCGGGCUGAACCUAGUGAGCGUCGCUACGACUCUUCACUCGCUGUAAGAGGAAUCCACUGAAGGCCAAUUUUUGGUUCCAGCAGAGUAUGUGCAUAGAGCGACAACUGAUGGUGACAGAACCGCUUGUUUAGAUUUUGCCAACCAAAUGCCACGACAGUUAUAGGGCUUGUACAAAUAAACGCAAAAUCGUUUAAAGUCAAUUGCCAUUAUUUGUGCUGAGGCAUCAGACAGUAAAUACUCCAACCAGGAGCUUGGAUGUGCUAUGGUUUUCACUCCAGUCAUCAUUUUGCUAUCUCACCCCUCAAACCUGACCCAAAAGUUUGAUUUUUACAUAUAAAUAAGAAAAAGAAUCCUUUUUAUUUUUCUCUCUCUCAAAAGACUUGCUCUGGGGUUUUGCUUGGAGGAGCUGAUCAUAUCUUGCAUGUCAGAGAUUUUGUUUUGUUUUUCUGUUUGUUUUUGAUGACUGUAUUUUCAUUUGAACUGCCUCUUUUUGCUAGUGUUGUAAUGAUGAUGAUGAUAAAAUAAUAAUAAUAAUAAUAGUAAUAAUAAUAAUAAUGGUCAGCUGUUCCCAGAUUAGUAAGUUAUGUAUAAUUUAUUUCUCCCUCUCUAUUUUAUUCUCCUCUGAUUUGGAAGUACAGCCAAUAAGCUGUUAGAUAUUUAAAACGAAUUCCCAUCUUCCAACUCAUUUAUAUAUAUAUAUUUAUACACACACACACACACACACACACACACACACAUUCACCCACACAAUUUUACUUCUCCUUCAGUACAUUUUCUCCUUUUUAAAAAUUUGGCCCCAACAACGUCAAGUACUGGUGUUUCAUACAAAGGAGUGAAUAGGAGGGUCGUGUUCAAUCUUAAUUAACUUAUGCUCUCAUCACUCAUUUUAGUUAUGUAAUUGCCACAGUCAUCUAGAGCCAUUUUUUUUUGUUUUUGUUUGUUGUUUUUAAGCACUCUGGAUAAGGAAAAAAAUAGACACUCGUUUUAUAUCGUUAUUAUGUACAAUGUGAAAACAGAUUUUUAAAAAUUUGUUCUUCGUCUUUGUUAACAAAUUCUUAUGUGGGUUCACCUCUCACGUUUGCUGGAUACUUAUUUUACACCACGUUAUAAAGAUGCUUUGUUUUCAUUUCAUUACUUUGGGCUACAAGAAUACUUUGUUUUAGCUCCAGGUAGAUGCCACUGAGGGCAAUCACAGCUGAAACCAAUUCUAACACACUUACCAGUGAGUUGACAAAACACUUCUGUGUGGUCUUUUUUUGUUCGUUUUUUAUUCUGUUUUAUUUGAAGGGGAAAAUGAAAUUGUUAAUGGUGACCUUUAACUGCUGAAAUUCAGAAGUUAAUUUUAUUUAGUUAGGUUUAUGUCAGAGAGACUACACCAUGGUGGACUAAAACAGGAAGUCCAGAGCCUUGUGUUCUGUUCUCUUGUUCUGACAUAGGAUUCGCUGGCUGUCGCAAUUUCUUUGCCUUGGUUUUCCCCAAAAGAAAACGAAAAAAAAUUAUGUUGAUGUUUAAAGUGCUUUGAUGUCCUUUGAUUAAAGGUGCUAUGAAUAGCAACUUACUGUGUUAACACAUUGCCUUUUUGGCAUUUGAUUGGUUUAUCAUUUUUAUAAAGGAUCCUAAAACCUUGUAUUCUUUUUCUGUGCCCCAUGAUGAUCAAAAAAGCUAAAGUUGAGGAAAUGAGAGGAAGAUCAAACUGAAAUGAAGCUAACAUUUCCCUACUCUAUCCUUUCCUACCUCCCCGUUCAUAUAUCCCCUCUCAUUCUCCCUCUCUCUUGCUCCCUUUCUCUCUCCCUCUCUCUCACACACACAAACGCAUACACACAUGCAUACACACACACACACACACAUGCACACACUCACCCCAGUACUGAGGAAUAAUCUUGCCUGAAUUCUGAUUUAUGGCUAUUGUGAUCAAUUCAUCUAAAAAUAGUCAUGUUAUAAAAUGAAUCUAAGAGAAUAUCACUGGAGAAAAUAGGUUCAAAUUGCUCAUUUACAAGAUACUACUAAUUUGGCUGGUUACUUGGAUAAAAUACAAAUACUUUGGCUUGGCAAUUGGAUAAAAUACAAAACUGUUCUUCAGUACAUUUGUACCUAAAUUACUUAAGUCAAUUUUUUACAUUUAUUUGGCAUCUGCAUUUAAAAGUUAACCAUAUAUAAAAUCCCUCCCAAAGAUCAUAACUAUUAUUGAAACCAAACCCUCUUAUAAGGAACAAAUAUAAAAGAGUUGUCUUUGAUGAAAUUAUUUCAUAGAUUUGAUUUUGGAGUAGACUUUUACCUUAAUUCAUUUAAAGAAAGUUAUCUUUAACUAUUUUGUGGUCCCAAUUUCAGAUAUUUUCUUAAUCCAGAAGUUGUUACUGUUUCCAGAAGAAAUCUCUUAUAUCACAUUUAAAACAUCAAAAGUAAUUACAUUUUCAUUCAUUCUAAUGGGUAAAUUAUUGAAUUGUAAUAAACAACUGUAUAUUUGCAAACAGGUUUAUAAAAUAUUUGUCUAUCAAGUUAAUAGUAAAAUAAAAAUUAUGGGGUCUGCAAGGAAAAUUAUGAAGCCCACUUAAAGUGGUUCAGAUAUCUCUUUGUCGUAUAGGGCAUAAGUUUUUGUUUAGACAGGCUUUUACAGUAUUUAAUUUUAAAGUUUCCUAUAACUAUCAGUUUCCCAAGUUGAAGAUGAUGUUGUGUUAAGUUUUCUACUGAUUGAUUCCUGUUCUCCCCAGUGUGUCUGUCACUGGUUCACUAAAACAGUAUUUAUACAGCUCCACUGGCUCUAAAGCUCUUAGUCCGUCUAACAUUUUGGAUUUUAUGAGUAAAAAUGGGGGAAAAAAGUAGAAAAGAGACAAUCAAAUGCCUGGAGCUUAAAACAAAGUAUGUGCAACCUACCAUCUCACUUGAAAUUUAAUAAAAUAAAUAAUUAUGUAAAUAUAACAUAGAGUUAUAGAUUUAUAUUUUGUUCAUAACACAUAGUGUAAUAUAAGUUGUAUAUUUUCAUGUUUUUGGUUUUAUGUUACCAUUCAUGCCACAAUAAAAACAGGAGUUUAUGUACUCUUAAAAAAAAAGAUGUGGGUUGCCACCAACCUGUUUUUUUUGUUUGUUUUUUGUUUUUUUGUUUUUGCAUUCUUUUUUUCAGUAUUACUGCCAUGCAAGGCACCAAUAAAAACAGCAAAUGUGUUCUUUACCUAUUA